UAACUUAUUCAACCUUUAGUUAACGUUAACUUAUCCAUUAAAGUAUAGUCUGACCUAGUACACUCCUCCAUGUCUUGCAUAAUAAUGUCAGUUGGGAUAGUAAUGAAGCACCAUUUGUUUCCAUUUGAUGGUGGGUUCAAAAAAUCCAAAUGAGAAAAUGACAAGGGCUACAUCGCAAUUGCCAACUCUGCUCACCUCACCUGGAGGGGAGAGAGAAAGGAUCAAAGGAGGAGAGAGAAAGUGCCAUCACCUUGCCCACAUUGCUCAUGUACAAAGUCCACAGGGCAGCCAACCAGAAGCGUUUACACCUCCACCUUGCGCAGUCUAGGACUGCAAGACCAGAGAGAGGAGCAGGGAGGAGAGAGAGAUUAUGGUGGUGUAGGAGCUGAGUGGGGAGGGGAGCGAGAGGGAGCAAUGGUGGGGGGAUGCGCCGGCGGCGAAGGGACGCUCGCGAGGUGGCGAAGGGCGGCGGCCAAGCGGAUCGGCCUCUCCUGCGCAUCCUUCUUCUCCUACGCCGCUUCUCCCCCCUGGAAGUCUAAGACUAUAUCAUGCUCAGCAGUGAAUAAGCCUGCAGACAGCAGUGAUGGAGAGCAGCAAAAGCUGGAGGAACCCACCAGAACCAGAGUGGCUGACAAGAACCUAUGUGCAAUAUGUUUGGAGCUCCUCAGCACCAGCAGCAGUGACUUUGACAAUAGUGAGAGGCCAGCAAUCUUCACAGCGCAAUGCUCCCACUCUUUCCACUUCUUAUGCAUCGCCUCCAACAUCCGGCACGGCAAUGUCACAUGCCCUAUCUGCCGUGCACAAUGGUCUGAGUUGCCACGUGACCUGAAGGUUCCCCCGUUGCUGCACAACCAGUCGGAUCCAAUUCUUCGCAUCCUUGAUGACAACAUUGCGUCAUCCCGUGUUAACAGAAGGUCCUCCAUCCGUGCUGCCCGCUACAACGAUGAUGACCCGGUUGAGCCUUACACUUUGACUGAGCAUGUGGAUCCAUGCCUUCGCUUCGCCCUUAUCGCGGCUCCAGUGGCAGCUCACCAUCAUGUCCUCGGGCAUUACCCCUGUGGCUGCAUAUUGCCGCUACAACAGCACUGCCAGUACAGCAGCUCCUCCAUGCUUUCGCCACCACAGAUUGCUUCACCAAGCGGGCACACUCGUGCUUACCUCUCUGUCAGUCUUGCUCCACAGCCAGCCAUGGACUUGGUACUGGUUGCCAGCCCAAACGGGCCACAUCUAAGGCUCUUGAAGCAAGCAAUGGCACUCGUGGUCUUCUCCAUGCGGGCAAUUGACCGGUUAGCCAUUGUCACGAAUGCCACCACCGCAACCCGUGCCUUCCCCUUGCGUCGGAUGACAUCCCAUGGAAAAAGAAUGGCGUUGCAGGUCAUUGAACACCUCUGCUGUGUUGGUGGAACUGAUCCAGUAGGGGCUUUACAUAAGGGCCAGAAGGUAUUGGAGGACCGGGCGCAUAAGAACCCAAGCAACUGCAUCCUUCACUUGUCUGACCAUCCAGUCCGCAGCUGUGUUGGGAUGGACAUGAACCAUCCCAACAUCCCGGUUCACCAGUUCCAUGUUGGGCUCGGUUUCGGGGUGCAGAGUGGCUUUAUCAUACAUGAAUUUGAGGAAUUCCUAGCACGGUUGCUUGGCGGUGUCAUAGGCGACACCCAGCUGAGGAUAGGGGAGCAUGGGGGAAUGGUGAGGCUAGGAGAGCUGAGGGGUGGUGAAGAGAGAAGGAUCCCGCUCGACCUCGUGGCAUAUUGUGGCUUCAUACUGGUUGGUUAUAGCUACUUGGAGGGUGGAAGAGAGGAUCAGUUGAGGACUGGUGAAAUUGCUGUCGGGUUUGAAGAGAAAGGCGACAGCAGUUACUGCGGGAUGAGGGAGAUGGGGCUGAAUAUCGGCGGCGAGAGGAGGAGCUGCUGUGCUGACAGACGGGACUACCAUGACCCUUUCAUGGCGCGGCGAUGGGCGAAGCAUUUCAAUGUGUACAGGGCCUGAGUUAAGGCUUAAUUAUCAGAUGCGAAAUAUGAUUCUUUUGUUGGUUUCCUUUUAAUAUUCCUGCAAGCAUCUGAGGGGGUGGUGUCUGUUUUUGGCUUUUGUUGUGGAUCUGAAUCCCUAUAAGAUGUCUUGUUUGCAUCAAAUGUGUGCAGAUGUUUUUCUGUCAACCCACUCUGUGUGAAUCAGAAUGUGAACAGACCAUACUGGAAAAGGAAAAAUGGCAGUAUUAGA